CUCUCUUCUUUUAUAUAUUAUAUAUAUAGACAUAUUUAGUAAGACAGAGAGUAAACUAGAUUUCUAUCCUAAACAGCCAGAUCGAAGGAACAACAGUCGGCGCUAUCGCUCCGACGAUCGUUGUGUCACCGGAAACAUCUUUUAUAUCUUAUUAUUUCAGGGUUUUCAUAAUUUCACCCUCGACUAAUGUUCGCAUAAGCUCUAUCUAAUUAUCAUGGCAUCUAUUGUGGGAUCUGUCAUUAAAAGUGGACCUUAUGCUAACGUGGAGGCUAAGCUGAGGCGUUUCUUGGUUGAAUUAGAGAGUGCGGAUAAAAUACUUGGAAUCCAGGUUUGUGCAUACAAAGAUGGGAAAGUGAUAAUUGAUACUGCAGCUGGAGUCAUGGGAAAAGAUGACCCUCGUCCAGUUCAACCCGAUACCUUGUUUCCCGUUUUCUCUACAACUAAGGGUGUCACGACAGGAAUGAUACACUGGCUGGUCGAUAAAGGGAAACUGAAGCUUGACGAAUAUGUUGCGAACAUUUGGCCUGAGUUUGGUACAAAUGGAAAAGAUCAGAUAAAGGUUAAUCAUAUACUUAAUCAUACAUCUGGUUUGCACAAUGCUCUUGCUGGCAUUUCUGAAAAUGAUCCUGCGUUGUUUUGUGAUUGGGAUGAGUGUGUAAAACGUAUUGCAAUGGUGACACCAGAGACUGAACCUGGUUGUGAACAAUUAUAUCAUUACUUUUCGUAUGGAUGGCUAUGUGGUGGGAUCAUUGAGCGUGUAAGUGGGAAAAAAUUUCAGGAUGUUCUAGAGGAAGCUUUUGUACGCCCCCUUAAUGUGGAGGGAGAGCUUUAUAUAGGGAUUCCUCAUGGUGUGGAAUCUCGUCUGGCAACUCUUACAUUCGAUACAACCGAAUUCAGUACGUUUGCCGCUUUAGCGGGAAACACCGAGUUCAGGACUGCAUCCGCCACGCCUUCCUCACUCACUGCGGAAUUGGUUGAAGAUCUUAUUCACUUAUCCAACACCAUUGGUGUCCGCCGUGCCAUACUACCUGCCGCCAACGGCCACUUCUCAGCCCGUGCAUUGGCCCGCUACUAUGCCGCCCUCAUGGACGGCACCACCCCUCCCCACCACUCCUCUUCGUCUCUCCCACCACUCGGAAGCCACCCUCACCACCCCACAUCCCCAUCCAAUAACCAAAUCGAUGAAACCAACAACGCAAGUGAUGAAAUCAAUACUAAAAUCUUUAGCACACCAAAAUCAAAACUUCAUGAUGCAUUCUUGGGCUUAGGUGGUUCAACGGGAUACUGUGACAUAAACAACCAGUUUUCUAUUGCUGUGACUGUAAAUAAGGUGUCUUUCAUGGAUAUACCCACCUCGGAGAUUAUCCGGUUUGUUUGCUCCGAACUUGAUCUUCCUGUACCUGAAGAUCAUGCAGGAUCUUUGGAAGUGAUCGACAAACCGGUGAUCAAUUAA